CGACCUGCAGAGCACCGCCUCCACCAUGUCCAAGAAAGGGCCCAGCGGGAGAGCCAAGGGGGAGCGGCUCGAUGCCUUCGCCGCGCUGCAGGCGGCCAAUGAGGAGCUGAGGGCCAAGCUUACAGACAUCCAGAUCGAACUGCAGCAGGAGAAGAGCAAGGUCAGCAAAUUAGAGCGGGAGAAGACCCAGGAGGUGCGGCACGAGCAGCACAAAGCGACAGUGGUGGUGACGGAGCUGCGGGCCAAACUGCACGAGGAGAAGAUGAAGGAGCUGCACGGCCUGCGGGAGGCGCUGCUGCGGCAGCACGAGUCCGAGCUGGUGCGCAUCAUCCGGGUCAAGGAUGGUGAGAUCCAGCGGCUGCAGACGCUGGUGAACACGCUGCGCGACGGCCCCGCCGAGAAGCUGCGCAGUGCCCUGCUGGUGGAGGCCCGCGAGGAGGCCCGGCGCGCCUUCGAGGGCGAGCGCGGCCGCAUGCAGAAGGAGAUCUACGAGCUGAAGGCCGUCAAGCGGCACACGGAGGAGGCUCUGAUGGCCGCCGUGCAGGCCGACAAGGACAAGGCUGCCGAGAUCCGUAGUGUUUACCACCUGCACCAGGAGGAGAUCGGCCGCGUCAAGAGGGAGUGCGAGCGUGAGAUCCGCCGACUGGAACAGCAGUUGGACGAAAAGGAUGCUCGCCGUUUCCAGCUCAAAAUCGCCGAACUGAGCGCCAUCAUACGCAAGCUGGAGGACCGCAAUGCGCUGUUGUCUGAGGAGCGCAACGAGCUGCUCAAGCGUCUGCGGGAGGCCGAGGCCCAGUACAAGCCCCUGCUGGACAAGAACAGACGGCUGAGCAGGAAGAACGAGGAACUGGCCCACGCCUUCAGACGCAUGGAGAACAAGCUGAGAUUCGUCACGCAGGAGAACAUCGAGAUGAGGGAAAAGGUCGGGACGAUUCGGCGACCCAGCUCUCUGAACGACCUCGACCAAAGUCAGGAAGAGCGGGAGAUCGAGUUCCUACGGCUGCAGGUUGCUGAGCAGCAGAACAUCAUCGACGACCUGUCCAAAGCAUUUGAAACGGCUGGAUACGUGAAAAGCGUGAUAGAACGAGACAUGUUGCUGAGGUAUCGCCGACAGAGGAAGAAGUUCAUUAAGCCCUGUAAGAAGCCAGUGGUGGAGACGUUUUUCGGCUACGAUGAAGAAGCUUCCGUGGAUUCGGACGGCUCCUCGAUCUCCUACCACACAGACCGGACGCCAUGCACCCCGGAUGACGAUCUGGAGGAGGGCAUGAUGAAGGAGGAGACGGACCUGCGCUUCCGGCAGCUCACCAUGGAGUACCAGGCCCUCCAGCGGGCUUACGCUCUGCUUCAGGAGCAGGUCGGAGGGACGUUCGACGCCGAGAGGGAAGUCAAGACCAGAGAACAGAUGCAAGCUGAGCUCAUGCGAUACCAGACGAGAAUCGAAGACCUGGAGCUCGCUAUGGCACACCAAGGCCAGGACGUGAAGUGGAUAGAGGAGAAGCAGGCGUUAUACCGGAGAAACCAGGAGCUUUUGGAUAAGAUCAAGCAGAUGCAGACGGAGGAAUCGCGUCUGAAGCACGACAUCCAGGACGCGAAAGACCAAAACGAACUCCUAGAAUUCCGCAUCCUGGAGCUGGAGGAUCGUGAGAGGAGGUCCCCGGCCAUCAACUUCCACACCAUCCACUUUGCGGAGGGCGUGAGCCCUCUGCAGGUCUACUGCCAGGCGGAGGGCGUCACCGACAUCGCCAUCGCAGAGCUCAUGAAAAAGCUGGACAUUCUUGGGGAUAACGCCGUAAGUAACCUGACCAAUGACGAGCAAGUGGUCGUUAUCCACGCUAGGACUGUAUUAACCUUGGCUGAAAAGUGGCUUGAGCAGAUAGAGGUCACCAAAUCAUCUCUGCAGCAGAAAAUGCUGGACAUCGAGAACGAGAAGGUUCACUUCAGCAAGCAGAAGGGAUAUCUGGAUGAAGAGCUGGACUUCAGGAAGCAGUCGAUGGAUCAGGCGCACAAAAGAAUCCUCGAGCUGGAGGCCAUGCUGUUUGACGCUCUGCAGCAGGAAGCAGGAGCCAAGGUUUCAGAGUUGCUGUCGGAAGAGGAGCAGGAGACGCUACGGAGGUCUGUGGAGCAGUGGAAGAGGCAGGUGAUGAGCGAACUCAGGGAGAGAGACGCCCAGAUUCUGCGAGAGAGGAUGGAGCUGCUCCACCAUGCCCAGCAGAGAAUAAAAGAACUAGAAGAGUGGAUAGAAGCACAGAAACGACAGAUAAAAGAACUGGAGGAAAAGUUUUUAUUUUUAUUUUUGUUUUUUUCUUUAGCCUUCAUUCUUUGGUCGUAGUUUUCCAGCAAAUCGAGGAGGUGGGUGCUUAAAUACCUGUGUACGACGGUACUUUGUUCUUCGGUUACCAGGUCUGCAAAUAUUUUUUCGGCGUCUUACGAAAUACGACGGGAUUUGACCCAAGAUUCCCCCUUACUAUGUACAUGCUCGUUUGUGAAGAUUUUCUGUGUUUGUGGAAAAGCGGCCAAAAUACCUGACAUUGCUCUCAAGCGCGUUUCUAAAUCCACGGAAAUACUCCAAAGCUUUGUCCUGGACCCCAGAGGAUUUCAAACACUUUUUUGCGAUGUAUCCUUUCGAAACCCGGAGAGACGAUCGCCCCUUGGAGGCAGAUUAGAAAUCAUCCUGCAUGGGAAUUAAAGGACUUUUUAAACGACGCUUUAUUGUCCCUGCUAAGCAGGCGGUAUAACGGGUUGCUUCCAUGUGGAAGCAUGAAGGAGGAGAGAGACGGACCUGGCCAGCUCUCUGUGUUCCGUGAUUCCCGGUGGCCAGAUACGGUGGAUUAUGUUAGGGUCCUCAAUAUUAGUGUUUGAAACUAAAUAUAUGCCAAACAAUGGAAUCAUCAAUGUCUUUUUUUCCCUUUGUGUUUAAUUCAGAUUUAAAUAAAUUUAUCGAAACGGUAAACGACCUAUGAACGGACAGUUUUGAAUUGAAGAAAUCUCAAGCAAAAAUAAAGCCGCUGAGGCUUUUAUUUGGCCCGAAACAUUUACCUCAUUCACGUGGUGCUUUUGAGACAAUUACUAUUAAAGUGCUGUUGUGAGGAAGCCUGAAAUAAGCAGUCGUUAAAGGACCGAAGCCUGUCCCGUGGUCCAGGCAGCAGGUACACAGGCGAACAGAACAACUGGAGACGCGAGGAAAUAAAAAGUCGUUUGAAUGCGUGAAUGAAUGCGAUGUGAUCCUUGAUUAUACAGUCAAAUGAGCGAUGCUCCGUAUCUGGAAAAUAAAGAAGCAAACUGUAAGCUUUCACGUUACAGUGACCUUGAUUCAUACAACGAAACCGAUUCAAAGCAGGGUUUGAGGUCAAUACGAGAGUCUUCACUUGGCACUGGAUCACCCGAGAAUGUACGAACAGAUUUUCUCCGGAGGAUUUUCCUCCAACAAGGAGAUGGUCUUAGUAGCAGGAAACAAGGAUGUUCUCUUGCCAGCUGUUUGCACUGCCAGGAUUCUCCUGCCAACUAGAAACUGCUGCCAAUCAGGGCCGGCGUUUGCCGCCAGGCAGUUACUGCUCUGACAUCAGGUGCGGCCAUCUCCUAUAAAUCAAGGGAUUCGGAUCUGGAUCCUAGUACUGGUGUCAGUCCAGGGCAUCAUCGGCUCUCACAGGAAGAGGGCACUUCAGAGGGAAAUCGUUCUCCGAGCUUCAACCACAGACAUCUCCUGGCCUCAACCUCCAACCUCUAACAUCUGCUCUGUGAUACAAGGGCGAGGACAAGCCAUUGAACAUCUACAGGCGUUUGACUGCUGACUCCAAGGUGGACCCAAUUCACUGUUCUGCAUCAAUUACCUGGUACCUCGCUGCAUCCAGUCCUCGUUGUAAUUGGCGUGCAUCAUACCUCUUGUUAGUCCUGGGUGCGGGAGACCCAACUGAGAGGUGAACGUGUAACUAUGUGGUUGUUUCUGUCCAGAGAUUCCAGCGUUUGAGGUUCACCUGUGUGAAUCAAGCUGACCACUCAUUACCUUCUGUUACUUGUUCAGUAGCUUCUGUGCUUUUACCGUAAAGCAUUAUGGUCGUGUCGUAACUACAUCGCUCCUUCCCAUUUCCACGGUACACGGCAGAGUUCAUUCACAAUACCGUCAGAAAGUUUAAAAGCUGAGUGAUUGACUGUUCUAUGCAGGCACUUCUAUAACUGCCUUAAUUUAAAUUAUUUUUAUGAGGAAUUUACGACCUUAUGGCCUUCUUGGAGAAAAAUUAUGAAUGGUGUGGUUUUUGUUUUUUUUGCACGAUGUGUUAACUUGGACUUAAAGCAGAUGUAUUUCUCUGUAUAGAUGAAAUGAGGGCAAAUUAAAGUUAUCACAUGUGGGUUAA